CGACGAUGCUUGGCGGUCCCGUGAGCAGGCUAAUCCCGAUCGGGGUGCUCUGUACCUGCGGCGCCCUCCAGGCCUGUCGUUCGCGACUCGCCUUUGCGAUCUUGGACAAUCGAACGCUCACCCGCUAAGUCAAUGACUGAAGUAUCAGACCAGCGCCCAUCUAAACGACUACAAGAAACCAGCGCCAGUCCUUGCCUUGAAUCUCGUCUCCGGGCGGUGAGAAUAUCAUUCCGCCGACCGAGAAACCCAUGUUCAUAAACUGUCCGCUCAACCCCUCCGACGACCAGAGACCACUUCACAGAUAGCAAAAUGCCACCUCCCGUGGGCAGAUAUGGCCCGUCUGCGCUAAGUCAGCCCUUCUCUCACCUUCAACAAGCACACCUCCAGCAACAACAGUCACAACAACACCACCCGAGCCAUGCACAAUCUGCAAGCGCCGGGCUGCCUCCCCCUUCUCUCGGGGGACACCCUGGCUUUGCACCGGGCAAUCCAAACUCAAAUGUGAAUCCAUUCACAUUCUCCGGUGCAGGUCUCAUGAACGGCAUGUCAGUGGGCGGUUUUGGAGCGGCAGCAGCUGAUGGUGGUGGAACGGGUUUGGCCAGCCAUGCAGCACAAAUGGGAUUUGUCAGAGGCGCUCAGAUCCAGCAGCAGCAGCAACUACAUCAAGGACACGAUGGGCGGUUAGCGAUCGAGGGAAAGGCCGGAUCUGUCAAGACAAGGAUACGCGAUGUCUGGAGGCACAACCUAGCUCAAGAGUUGGCCGUUCUGCGGAGCUUGGUUGAGCGAUAUCCGUACAUCAGCAUGGAUACAGAAUUCCCCGGUAUCGUUGCUCGUCCCAUAGGUUCAUUUACCAACAAGGCAGACUACCAUUACCAGACGCUUCGUUGCAACGUGGACCUCUUGAAAAUGAUCCAGCUUGGCAUUACAUUAUUCAACGCAGAUGGGGAGGUCCCGCCUCCAACAGCAGCUGAUACAAACGGAGGUUAUGCGAACGGUCUUGUCCCAGCUCCUUGUACAUGGCAAUUCAAUUUCAAGUUCUCUUUGGAGAACGACAUGUACGCGCAGGAAUCGACGAGCAUGUUGGCCAAAGCUGGCAUCGACUUCGCCAUGCACGAAAAGAAUGGUAUCGAUCCCUUCGAGUUUGGUGCCCUCCUCGUUAGCUCCGGGUUGGUCUUACUGGACGAUGUCCACUGGAUCUCGUUUCACUCUGGAUACGACUUCGGUUAUUUGAUGAAGAUCAUGCUGUGCAAGCCUCUCCCAGAUGACGAAGAAGAAUUCCACAAACUCCUCAACAUCUUUUUCCCUUCAUUAUUCGACAUCAAGUACCUCAUGAAGCACGCUGGGAGGAAUCAAGCCGUCAACGAUUCUCCAUUGACUCCAGCCGCUGCACAGAUCCUUACCAACCUGGGACAGAAGUCGGGUCUGCAGGAUAUUGCUGAUGAACUGGGCGUCAAGCGCGUCGGUAUUGCUCACCAAGCCGGUUCAGAUUCUCUCGUGACAGGAGAGAUCUACUGGAAGAUGCGUCAACUUGUCUUCAACGGAACGAUCGACGAGAGCAAGUACUCUGGCCAGAUUUGGGGACUGAAUGGGCAGAUGCCUGCUCUGACUUACCACGGUGUCCAACAAACACCAAAUUUGAACGGUGCCACAAUUUACUCCAAUGCUGGUACCCCUAACACCCCAAAUACAGCCCAUGCAGUAACUGGGAACCAGACACCACACCAACAUGCAAAUAGCGGCGUAGGUGCUCUGACUCCUGGAGGGGGUGGGGGUGUCUUCGGUACAUUCCAGAUGGGAAAGGUGUAAGACUUUGCCUGGAAGGAAUAUCAAAGCGGGUUGCAGUAAGGACAUCUCGAGGUCACACUGUCCCCAUUCGAUAUAUAACCAUCGUCAAUUUGAGAUUGGUCUUUCGGUUUCAACUUGUCCUUGGUUCUCCUUUUCC